CUCCCGAUUUCCAUAUAAGGUACUUCCCUAAAAAAGGAAGAGGAAAAAACAACAACGAUGCAGGAUAUUCUCACAGGAUGUGUGAGCCCGGGACCAGCUCUGAAAGGUGCCGGGUCGAGACAGCUUUAUCAGUUAGGAUCACCAUGGCAGCAUACCUCUGGCUGGUCCUGGCCUUCAUCAGUGAUGUGGAUGCCUCCUCGUUACGUCCACUACGCCAGCGCUCCCCUUGUCAAGUGAUCCAGAAUGAGGUAUACUGCAAUGAUCUGAACCUGAGGACUGUUCCAGCCACGCUUCCUUAUGGCAUACAAAAGCUGGACCUAUCACGAAACCUUCUACAAAAUCUUACCCAAGAGGUUCUAGGAAACUAUAUCUCUAUUCAUCAUUUGAACCUCCACUCCAACAAUAUCCAGUUCAUUCAGCCGGGUUUGUUCAAAAACUUUACCAAUCUGCAAGUGCUGAACCUUUCUAGAAAUAACUUGGAUGUUUUUGCAAUUUCAAAAAUCAAUAUUGGGCCUCUUACAGCCGCAGAGAGGCUUGACCUCUCAGGCAAUGGUCUGUACACAGGGAUGACUGACUUUUUUCUUAGUGAAGCUCCAGCACUUAUGAAUCUUUCUCUGAAUGGCAACAGUAUCACCAAAGUGGAAAAGAAGACCUUUAAUGGAUCUUUGGCCUUAAGAAACAUUGACCUUCACAACAAUGUCAUUUUAGAGAUUGAGGAAGGAGCAUUUGACUCGCUGCUCUAUCUGUCCGAGCUUGAUUUGUCAAUUAACUCCAUCACUUGCAUUACUGACUUUAACCUUUCACAACUGAAGGUGCUGAACCUCAGUAAGAACAGCUUGGAGUGCUUUCAAACCACAGACUCAGACCUAGAGUAUGAGCUCCUCUACCUUGAUCUAGGGGAAAACAAGAUCCACUACUUCCCUGUCCUCCCCAAAAGGAACAAGCUCAUAUACCUGGAUUUGUCCAGGAAUCGUCUGAUGAGUGUCAACACCACAGGAACAGAGGAUGAGCUUGAGCAGUUCAGAGACACAUUUGUAACUCAUACGCAGACAGCGGGAACUAAAAGAUACCAGAAUUUUUCAAGUCUCAUGUACCUUGACAUGAGCUACAACAAGAUUAAAAGAAUACCACAGACAUUCUUCUGCAGCAUGUUAUCCCUUGAGCACCUCAACAUUAGUUAUAACUGUAUUGGGAAUUUUUCUGUAAACCAAGAGACCCCUCUGAACUCACUUAAGACCCUGGACGUGAGUUACAAUGCCCUGCAGAAGCUUUCAUUUGGGGAGAACACUCUAUAUUUCCUGCAGGAACUCUUCUUACAAGGGAACUUUCUCAGCAUCUUGGAUCCUGGCACUUUUCAAAAACUGCCCAACAUCAGAGGCCUUCACCUUCAGCAGAACUACCUAAACGUCUGCCCAUCAUAUGGAAAAUUGCCCCAGACAGGGGUUCCUCCAAGCUGUGUCUAUUUUGUAUCCAUACCAACCCUGCACUUUUUGUACCUCUCUGUAAACCAUCUUGAAGUACUGCCACCAUUUGCCUUCAAUGGCACCCCACUCAGUUUGCUGGACCUGUCCCUAAACCCAGGCUUGGAUGUUCACCAGAAUGUUUUCUCCGGACUUGAGACUUCCCUAACUCACUUGUCAUUGAGAGAAAAUGACAUUCCGAAACUGAACAUGGACCUUUCCCAGCUAAUUAGUCUCAAAUUUGUGGACCUGUCUACAAACAAGUUAACCACUCUCCCUCUGUGGAACAAAAAGUCCUCCAUCGAGUCCCUGAACCUGCAAAACAAUAACCUUGCCACUCUAGAUUAUGAGACAGUCCUGGUCCUGGAACGAACUCUCAAAACACUCUACAUGGGAUACAACCCCCUUAACUGCUGUAGCAACCCCCGCUUCCUUUACAUGCUCCAACGAUCAAAUGUGGUGGUUCCGGACAUUGCCACAGUAACUUGCCAGUACAUGGAGAACUCAAAGCCAGUGGAGAUGAACGUUGGGAGUGUGACUCAGGAGCAAUGCCAAAACCUGGACAGUAAAGGUGUGAGCAUUAUUGUCAUUGUGGUGACAGCUUUGGUGGUAAUUGUCGUCCUGGUGGUGCUUUCCAAGGUGUGUCACCCCAAGAGGCGCAAGCUCACCGACGGCUUUAGGGCCUAAAAAAAAAAAUGUCUGAUGAUUGUGGAGAAAGAGACGCUGGACUAGGCAAAGAAACCAGAAACGUUUGGUGCCUUACAAUUUGAAGGGUGCACUAUUGGUUCAUUAUAACUUGUUUUUGUGGUAAUGUUUUGGUUUUUGGAACAUGAGACAAAAAGUAUUUUGGAUAUAUCAGUUAAUUUGUGAAGUCAAAAGAAACAAUGACCUCAACAAUAACACUUUAUUGAAGACAAAUUUUGUAGACUUGCAUACAUUUAAGGUAUUGUUUUCUUCUAGCAUAUACUAGACAGUUAUGUGAAAACACAACAGAAGGAAUGUGGUCGCUUUGUGGUAUCAUAUUAGUAUCAUCAUGUGCACAUAUAUUAUAUAGACAUUUACGGAUUUCCUGAAAAUAUUCUGUGACUUCACAGGGUCAGUUGUUAUACAUACAGUACAUUAGAUUGGUGGUUCAAAAUGAUGGCCAAACAUCAAUGUCUCUCUUUGUAAAUUAAGUAGAUUGCACUUUAAUUUAAUUGUAUUUGUUUAUUUGAUAAUUACUCUGUCUUUGACUGCUUUUUUGUUAUAUAGACUGCAGGACACUAAGUAGGCAUCAUAGAAACGGAAAGCUUUCUCCAGCAAAUUUCAGUAUGAGUACAUGAAUAUGAAACCACAUGGUUUAAAGGUCAUGGCUGCAGUUCUUUAGAAUGCAUGACUAUAACACUACAGUCAGUGUUUUGUAGAAUAUACAGUUCCCAUUUGUGGGACAUGAAUAGGAAGUACUGUAUAAGUGUGAAUCAUAUCACCUCUGUGUAGUUCCCAUAGGAACUUUUUUUUAUAGCAGUAUUUUUGUAUUUUCCACUGGUAGAAAGGGACCAAAGGAAGCAGUGCUGUUGGAACACCUGCAUUUUUUUUAGCUUGUUUUCACAGCUUUGUAGGGCACUGCAGAUACCUUUCCUGUUAUUGAUGAAUUGCUCCUUGUAAAAGCCUGUGCUAAAUAAUAAUUUGAACAACACUGGGUUCCUGCAAUAGUUUUCUCUUACUAAACCUAUUUGUCAAAAAUAGAAUUUUCAUCAGAAAUUCUUUCUGGUUUCUACCAUAUAUGGAGAGGCUGUCAGGCCAAGUUAACAACGUGCUACGCUAAAUAAUAAUGUGGAUCCAUGAGGAUUUAAAAGAAUGAUGGACCUGCUGUGUUACACAUCAAAACAAUUACCUAACUGAGGGAGAGGCGUAAACAUCAUCCCAAUCUUUCUUCACAAGGAAUUUGGCAAAGCUUUGUCCCUUAAUCAUCCAGGUACAAACCCGAUUCCAAAAAAGUUGGGACACUGUACAAUUGUGAAUAAAAACAGAAUGCAAUGAUGU